UCUCACAACCCAGUGGCUCUACCCGCAGCCGCCUUUAGCUGUCCCUUUCCUUCCCUCAGUCUCUGAUACCUUAUCUUCCAUGGCCAAAACCCUUCCAAAACCCUAGCAUGAAGAAGAUAUCCCUCACCACCCAGCCAUGAAGCGAGCCUGGAAGGUCUCAGAGCUCGCCCGAGCAGAGAUCCGCCAUGGAUGCUCCUCCAAUCCCCGAAGCCUUACCCACUUCCUCUUCACCCUCAAGAAAUCCGCAAAUCACGGUUCCGUUCGCGACCUCAAUGUCGAUGCCGACACCCACUCUUCUUCGUCGUCUUCCUUCGAUUCCUCCGCUUUGUUCUCCAACAUCUCCCGCUUGUUCACCGCCAAAUCCCCGACGACGUUAAGCGAGACACUCACAGAGGAUCUCGCGCAAGAGGUCGCCCAACUCAGGGACGCCCUCGCUCGGAACCUUCAUGACUCCGAUGAGGUCGUUAGGGUUCUUGAAGAGAAUUGCGGUCCGUUGCUGCGGAGGUUUGCCGGUGGAUCCGCCAUCGUGCACUUGCUGAAGCAGCUCGAUUCGCGCCCGAGUUUAGCUCUAGAGGGAAUAAAUGAGCUUAUUAGUGUUAGAUGGUUACUGGGUAGUUCUUUUUCCUUUUACCAACCAAAAGAUUUUAAUUAUGCUUGUAAGGUUCUUAAUUGGAGAAGAAAGCAAGAAGAUUGUGAAUUUCCAAUGACAGAAGAAGAGUAUGCCAAGGGUAUUGCACUUGCUGGUAAAGUCGAGAAAGUUGGUCUUGCUAUUGAGCUGUUUUCCGAGGCUGCAAACAAGCAACUGAGGACGACCUCAACAUAUAACGCCUUGAUGACUGCUUAUAUGUUCAAUGGUUACGCCCAUAAGUGCGAGUCGUUGUUUUGGGCCCUGAAGAGAGAUCCGAAUUGCAGUCCUACCAUUGCAACGUACAACAUUCUUAUCUUAGUCUUUGGUCGAUUGUUGCUACUUGAUCACAUGAAGUUAACUUUCAAGGAGAUAGAGAAUUUGAAUCUCUCUCCUAACUUAAGUACAUACAAUGCGCUAAUUACUGGGUAUAUUAGAGCUUGGAUGUGGGAUGACAUGGAAAGAACUUUUCAACUGAUGAAGGAGGGCCCUGCUAAGCCUAGUACCAGCACGUACUUGCUAAUGCUACGGGGAUUCGCACAUUCUGGUAAUUUAGAAAAGAUGGAACAGAUGUAUGAAUUAGUAAAAGAUUAUAUGACUCAGAAGCAUAACCCGCUGAUCAGAACUAUGAUAUGUGCGUACUGCAAGAGUUCCGGCAAAGAAAGAAUUAAAAAGAUUGAGGAACUAAUGAGGCAUAUUCCGGAAGAGGACUAUAGACCUUGGUUGAAUGUCUUGCUAAUUAGGGUCUAUGCUGAAGAGGAUUGGAUAGAAGCAAUGGAGAAAUCAAUAGACGAGGCAUUCGAGCGUAAAACUACUGUACAAGCAAUAGGUGUGAUGCGAUCCAUUACGACUACUUACUUCCGCUCCAAGGCAGUGGAUAGACUUGCAACUUUUAUUAAGCGUGCAGAAUCUGCUGGAUGGAGAAUAUGUCGGUCCUUAUACCACUGUAAGAUGAUUUUGUAUGCAUCAGAAAAACGUUUGGAAGAAAUGGAGAGUGUCCUUAACGAAAUGGAGAAUAGUAACUUAAGCCAAAGCAAAAGAACACUUUGGAUUUUAUAUAAGUCGUAUUUAAGUUGCGGUCAAAGAAAUAGGGCUGCACAGGUUAUAGGAUUAAUGUGCAAGCAUGGGUAUGAAAUUCCUAUGACUGUCUUACCAUCAUGAUCCAGCCAUUGCAUAAUCGCAUUCCUAUGCUAGAUGUUGUAUAAAGCAUUCAGUCCAUUUUUGUGAAUGGUUCAUAUCAUAUAAGAGAUGCAAUGGGGAUUCAGUACCAAUUAGAGAACUGUAUAUUAUUUGACGGACCAACAUUACCAAAAAAACUGAAUGCUUAGAGAAGUUUAAAGAAAA